CCAUUGAGGCAAGAGACAGGUGCGUCCACACACGCUACACACACACACACGACACACUGUCGACGUUUCAUCUCCACCGGACCGUCAUCUUCAGGACUAUCGAGGGCGAAGCGAGGGUGAUUGAUACGACCCCCAGUGACUUGUGCUGAUUUUUUUUUUGAGUGUUUGAGUGCUGCUGACUCCUGUUAGCCAUGAGGGGUGCCGGGUGGUGCCUGCUCUUGGUUGUCGCGACGGGCGUCGCCGGCGCCCUGGGCGUCUCCUCGCGCCUGCCCAGGACCAGCGCGGGUCAGUUGGCCGCCGCGGCGGCCGCCCAGAAUAAGACUAUUUAUGAGCUGAGGAAUGCGCGGAAUGUGACUUUGCAGGCGACGGUGGGACCGCCCCCGGGGAAGGGCGCUAGCAGCAGAGUCCGAACCAAACGCAAAGGAAAUACAGAUGCGAAAGUCUCAAGACGUUUCCGACCUCAGUUAUUUCCAGAUGGAAACUCAACCCAAACACUUAAAGGAGAGCAGUACCUCUUCAACGUAUUCGAAGCCAUCAUCUCGACGCUAGAAUCCAAACUGCAGAGAAUAGAGAAUCUAGACAAGGCGGUGGAGCACCUAAUGCGAAGGGUGGAAGGCCUAGACACCCGCGUCAACAGUAACAUCGACAAAACGGAGUCCGUCAUCGCCAAAUUAGGAAACAUAGACUCCAAACUCUUCCAAGUGCCCAACCGUUUGCCCUUCGACAGCAACAGGAAGUCCGAUUCUUUUGCCGAAGCGGAAUCGAUCAGUCUAAACAAAAGGUUGGUCGCGUUGGACCAAAAAGUCAGUGACAUAGACGACAAGUUGAGCGUCCUAAAAAACCAGUUGGACAACAACUCCUUACAAGGUGAAGAUAUCAAUGUUGAGGCUAGCGAGAAACGGUCCGUAAGCAUGAACGUAAUCGAGAUAACCAAGGCAUUGAAUACGGAGGUUAUAAAUCACGUGACGAAAGAAUUGGGUCAGCUUAGGGACGCGACGGGAAGCCUCGAUAAGAAGCUUCAGUUCCACGUAAACCUAGUGCAAGAAAACCUUGGAAAGGUAUUGAACAUGAUGACCGACGUCCAUCACGCCAUAGUCGACGAUCCAAACGCGUACACGAGCUACAAUAAUUUCAACAGAACCACAACCACGACCACUCAGAAGCCCGAGCUUCCCAAGACAAAUAAGAUCGACAGUUUAGUGCAGCAAAUGAGGCCGAUCAUAUCGGUUUCGGAAAAGAUGGAUGAGGUGUGGGACGUUGUUGUGGGAACGAAAAGUUCAGUCGACGAUCUGGUACCAAAAUCGGACGAACUCCUUACCCAAACACAAAGGCAAGAGCGGGCUAUCGGCGAAAUCCACAACGAUCUGCGAACGAAGACGAACAAGAUCAUAGCCAAUCUGGACAAAGUCGAAAAGAGGCUGAAGAAGCAGGAGGACGACGUAGCCACUUUAGCACAACGGCCGGUACCCGCCGAGGUUCUGUUGGAUCCCGCGAUUGACGACUUGGCCGACUACGAAUCGACCAGAUACGUGGAUGAAUUCGUAACGGAUACUACCCUUCCUGUUGGUUACACCACCCUACCACCACAAAUCAACACGCAAGUACCUAUACAGAACAGUACGUCCCAAAGCGGCACGACGGAGAAACGGCCAGAGAAGAGGAAGGGGGGCAUCAUUUUCCCAAGCGUUAAAAACAAACCGGCCCCUGUCAAUUCCACUUUCGUUACGUCCGAUGUGACGCCAAACAUCAAAGACGUGAAGGGCUAUUCUUGUGUUGAUCUCCUAAACGCUGGCAUGCGUAAUUCUGGGGUAUACUAUUUGCAGAUCCGAGGGACCACAUACUGGUUUUUGAAAGUAUUUUGUGAACAGGAUAUAGCUGAUGGAGGAUGGACGGUAAUUCAAAGAAGAGACGACUUCGGCAACCCUAGAGAAAACUUCAACAGGGACUGGAACGACUACAAAAAUGGCUUCGGAGAUCCCGCGAAAGAAUUUUGGUUGGGAAACGAGAAUAUCUACAUGCUGACGAACAACGAAGAGUACUCUCUUAGAGUUGAACUGGAAGAUUUCGAGGGAAAUAAAAGGUACGCCCAGUAUUCUCAUUUCAAGAUUUACUCGGAAGCAGAAUACUACAAGCUUGAAAUUGAUGGAUACGAAGGAAAUGCUGGUGACUCCUUAAACGACCCUUGGUACGGAAGCAACAACAGUCCAUUUUCAACAUACAACAGAGACAAUGACAGAUCGAGUCUUAAUUGUGCAUCCAUGUUAAAAGGUGGAUGGUGGUGGAAGUCAUGUGGAAGGGGGCUGAAUGGUUUAUAUUUGAAUGAUCCCCAAGACCUAACAGCUAGGCAAGGAAUCGUCUGGUUCCGUUGGAGAGGUUGGGACUACACAUUGAAGAAAUCAGUGAUGAUGAUAAAACCAAAAGGUUUUGUUAGUGGUACUUAAAUUAAGUAGAAUAGAAUCAGUAGCCAAUUUAUAAUCACCGGUAAAAAAUCAUCUCAUUUCAUCGUACUUUUCCCAGAUACAUGAAUAAAUAAUAUUUAAUUUCGAAUAAAUAUAGUUAUGAACAACAAUGCGCUAUUUCAGAAAUAAAGACCUUUACUAACGUUAAGUUUAUAAUGCCUUAUUAGUAUAUUUUUAGAUCAACUCGUUUUGUAUUUAGUUCAUACAAUGACAAAAAAUAUUUACCA